AUGUCCAACGAAGCUGACCUAUACAUUUCCAACGGCACCUGCUACUAUGGAGAGGGUCAAGUAUCUGACCCACGUUAUAUACCUUGCGGCAAUGCCCGACUCUCUGGUGUCCAACACUGCUGUUUCGAGGGCUCGUACUGCCUCUCCAGCUACGCAUGCUAUGACACACCAACCGGAGUGACCUAUCUCGCCGGCUGCACCGAUCCCACCUUCCUGGACGAGCAAUGCGCCCAGAAACCCGGCUACACAGGGCAGCAGUGGGUGGCCAUGGCGCGCUGCAGCGGCGAGAACAUUUCAAUGUGGACAGGCUGCGCCCACCACCCGAGGCAGGUCACGCUCGAGAAGGAAAACUGCAGCUGCAACCUAACCAAUGUCCUGAUCGAGAACACCAACGGGCAGUCCAGCCUCGGUGAGAUCGGCAGCCUGCCAACGUCCGCCGGCGGGACGAUCUCGUUCAACCCCACCGCCCUGCCCACGUAUGCAGUGACCACGACCGGGAAUCCGUCGGGCGUGGCGUCGGGCGCUGCGACUGCGACUGCCACGGAGCCGACCUCGGGCAGCGGUGGUGGUGAGCCCUCCGGCGGCGCCAAGGCCGGAAUUGCGGUCGGGUCCAUCGUCGGAGGACUGCUCGUGCUUGGGGCCCUAGCAUACCUUUUCCGCAAGGCGUACCGGCGGAGAGUGGACCGGGCCGUGGCAGCUCGCACCUCGCGGACGGACUCGGCGCCGCCGCCGCCGCCGCACGAGCCCAGUCCCAUGUCUCAACUUUCAUCCCGAGUGUCGCCGGCACCACAGUAUCAUGAGUCUUUACAGAUCCCCAAGUCCGAGGAGGAGGGCAAGAUCGCCGGGCUCGGGUACAAGUCUGAGAUGCCGACUGAAAGCAAUGACAAGCCUGAACUUCCGGGCGAUGUAGGCAUCGUGGCUCCGCACCGGAGGCAUGAGCUUGCUACGUGA